GAAAAGAUGGUGUCUUGAAUGGACCACAUGCUUGUGACUGAGACUGAAAUUAUUAAAAGUACUGUGCAGACAGAACCAUUUUAUUAGGUUUUAAACUAAAAAAGCACAGGUACUGGACUCUGAAGUAACAACCUCAUCAUGUUGACAAACAAGGUUUUCAUCAAGAAAACAAAGAGUGGAGGGGUUAUGAAGAUUGUGCGGGAGCACUAUUUGCGUGAUGACAUUUCCUGUGGCUCUCCUGCUUGCGACAAGGACUGUGAGGCUCUUGACAGAUAUCCGCUGGAAGAGAAGCCAAUCAGCGACAGCAAGCUUGUGCCAGUUCCUCACUACAUAGUACCAGACACAAAUGUUGUACUGCAUCAGAUUGAUAUUUUGGAGGAUCCAAGUGUCAAGAAUGUUAUAAUCUUACAGAUUGUCCUGGAUGAGAUUCGUCACCGAAGUGCACCUAUCUAUAAACGAGUGAAGGACAUGCUCUGCAACUCUGCCAAAUGUUUUUACACCUACUGCAAUGAGUUCAACAUGCACACAUAUGUGGAAAGGAAACCGAAAGAGUCUGCAAAUGACCGCAAUGAUCGCGCCAUCAGGAAAGCAGUAGGGUGGUAUGCAGAUCACUUGAUUAAGGCAGGGAUCGAAGUUGUUCUGUUGACUAAUGAUGCUGAUAACAGGAAGCAAGCUGUGGCUGAGGACUUGAUGGCUUUUACUGUUCACGACUAUGUAAAGAGUUUGUCCAACCAGUCCCUGAUUGAUCGCCUGGCCAAUCCUCUGAACCAGUCGAGUGACUUUGGGGGAAAAACUCUGUUUCCUGAGCACCUCGGAUUGGCAGAGAUCCAGAAAGGGAUUCGAUCUGGGAAGUACCUUCAAGGCACUCUUCUCAUCAGUCGAGAGAAUUACUUGGAAGCUAAUGUCAGCGUCAGAGAUCAAGAAAACAUGGUGUUUGUUCAAGGCCUGUACAACUUGAACCGAGCUGUGAACGACGACAAUGUGGUCAUUGAAAUGUUGCCAGAGGCCGAGUGGAGCUGUCCGUCCUCGAUGGUGAUGCGAGAGGAUGAUGCCAAAGACGAGGAGGAUGAGGCAAAUGAAUCGAUGACAGAUACGGAAACACUUAUUCGCAACAAAGUCCCGAAAGAGCUAAGACAGCCAACUGGGCAUGUGGUUGGCAUCAUCAAGCGGAACUGGCGACAGUACUGUGGAAUACUGCAGCCCUCUGUGAUCAUGGAGAGGACUCGUCAUUUGUUCAUUCCGGCAGAGAAAAGAAUUCCCAAAAUUCGAAUUGAGACUCGUCAGGCACAGACUCUCAUGUCCAAGAGGAUCAUUGUGGCCAUAGACAGUUGGCCCAGGAACUCGAGAUAUCCGCUGGGUCAUUUUGUUCGCUGCCUGGGGGAGGUUGGAGACAAGGAUACAGAGAAUGAAGUGUUGCUGUUAGAACACGACGUUCCCCACGCCAACUUCUCAGAAGCUGUCCUCAGUUUCCUCCCCAAAAUGCCAUGGACAAUAACAGAAGAGGAAGAGAAGCGAAGGAGAGAUCUGCGUCAUUUAGACAUUUGCAGUGUUGACCCUCCUGGAUGCACAGAUAUUGAUGAUGCUUUGCACUGCAGAGAGCUUGAAAAUGGAAAUUAUGAGGUUGGGGUACAUAUUGCUGAUGUGUCUCAUUUCAUCAGACCAGGAAAUGCUCUGGACCAAGAGGCAGCCAAUAGGGGUACUACAGUCUAUCUCACUGACAAGAGAAUUGACAUGGUGCCGGACCUGCUCAGUUCCAACUUAUGUUCCCUCCGAUGUGAUGUCUUCAGAUUUGCUUUCUCAGUCAUAUGGGAGAUGACAAAAGAUGCUGAUAUUGUCAAGACAGAUUUUACCAAGAGCAUUAUACUCUCCAAGGCAUCAUUAACCUAUGCUCAAGCUCAGAUUAGAAUUGAUGACCAAAACGAUCACGGCAACCUCACCAAAAGCUUGCGGGGCCUCAACUCACUGGCAAAGAUUCUCAAGAAGAAGAGAUUGGAUAAUGGUGCUCUGAGCCUGGCUUCUACAGAAGUGAGAUUCCAUGUGGAUAGUGAAACACACGAUCCGAUUGAUGUACAGACCAAGGAGUUGAGAGAAACAAACUCAAUGGUUGAGGAGUUCAUGUUGUUGGCCAACGUUGCCGUGGCUGAGAAAAUUCUCCAUGAGUUCCCUGACAACGCUCUGCUCCGACGUCAUCCAUCUCCUCCAUCCUCCAACUUUGGCCCGGUCAUCAAAGCAGCAGAGUCAAAGGGUUUUGAGAUUGAUGUCAGUUCUGGCAAAGCUCUCGCUGACAGCCUGGACAAAGCUGUGGUGCCGGAGAACCCAUACUUCAACAUCAUGUUGCGUAUUAUGACCACACGCUGUAUGAUGCAGGCUGUCUACUUCUGUAGCGGCAUGUUGCAGCCCUCGGACUACAUGCAUUACGGCCUGGCCGCUCCUGUCUACACACACUUCACCUCACCGAUCAGACGGUACUCUGACAUCAUUGCCCAUCGUUUGUUAGCCGUGAGUAUAGGGGCAGAUUCAUCCUACCAAGACCUCCUCGACAAGUCCAAAAUUCAAAAAGUGUGUAACAACCUGAACUUCAGACACAAGAUGGCACAGUAUGCGGGUAGAGCUUCUGUCAACCUCCACACACACCUGUUUUUCAAGAAACGGAUCCAGGAUGAAGAAGGUUACGUCCUGUUUGUGCGCAAGAAUGCACUGCAGGUUCUCAUCCCCAAGUACGGUCUGGAAGGCACCGUUUUCCUCAAUGAUGAAAACAAGAAGUCCUCAAGCAUUUUUGUUUACAAUGAAGAGGAGAGCACUCAGACUGCAGGGGAUGUAAUCUUCCACGUCUUUGAUCCUGUCAUUGUUCAGCUCAGUAUCGACCGGUCAAACGUCCAGCACAUGAAGUUGUCACUGAAACUUGUUAAGCCCCAGGUCCCAGGAUUCAGUGUGCCAUCUGCCAGCGAGUCCAGCGAACAGCAAGAGAUGGACACGUCAUCAGGCACCUCCCUCUCAUCAAAAUCGAACGCAGAUGUCGGAAAACCUCCUCAGAAGAAAAAGAAGAAGCGAUAAGGCUUCAAUCCUGGCAGCUUUUGUAAAUAAUUUCUGUGGCUCUUAAUGAUGUAUUUUAAUACUUUCAUGUAUAAUGAAGAAAUGACUUGAAAAGGGGAACCUUACACUUUUACCUAGAUUUGGUGCUUCAGUCAAUGUACUGACCAGUUGGAUAAAUACUAUUUUAGAGAUAUGACACAUUGCUGGUUUAACACCUAGUUUUAAAUACAUGAUGUAAAUGUUUGUGCAUGAAAAGAGUUAAAAAAGCCUACAUCAUUAACAACACUGACUUGUUGAUGUAAUUUCUUGCAUACUUUGCUUUUGUUUUUAAAGAGGAGGCUGACACUGGCAAUACGAUCUUAGAUCAAGGAAUCAAUUAGUUUGAAGUAGACUUAUGCUGAAGAGGAUAACCUGUGGAACUCGCAUUUAACUGCCUGAAAAUUAUGUUUUGUUUUGGUCUAUAUAGUAUUUUGUGUUCUUUUGGCAAGGGGCAUCUCUCUUAAGUAAUGUUGAGAGCUGCCUUUUGAAAAUGAACACAGAUCUUGUUGAAUUAUUUUUACAUGCCUUUACAACGCAUAUAUUCGUAUAUGUAAUGUCUUGCUUGAAAAUAAAGCGUCAAAACACAUGGUA